AUGCCUUCCAUGCACCCCCUUUCCCUCCUCACCGCCAUCUUGGCCUCGGCGCUGGCCGAGUCCUCUUCGUCCUCCUGCUGGGACACCAUGCACAACUCGACCCUCGCGGUCUUCAGCAGCGCCCCUAUCGCCUUCAGUCUCGACCGUGCUACCGCGUUGCAGUGCCAAGCGUGGUGCGGGCAAGUCUCCAACUGCCAGGCAUGGGUGUUUGUCGACCAAUUGCUGCAAUGCGACCUCCACCGCGCGGCCCCGGUGAACGUUCUUCCCGAGACCAACGGAUUCGUCUUCGGUGGCUGUGACCCUUCCGGCGCGGUCCUGGAUUUGCCAAGACUAAUAUACGCCGAGACUAUGGUCGAGGGCGCAGCCUCGACUCCCACUACCCAGGCUAGUGCGAUUUCACUCGCCAGCAGCUCGAGUGGUGCUACCCCGGAGAAGACUCACGGGGUGCCCGAGUCGGUAUGUCUCUGUUAG